AUGUCUUCCCUCAAAGUCCUCAUCUCAGGCGGGGGCAUCGGCGGGCCAGCCCUCGCCUUUUGGCUGGCAAAGCUCGGCCACGAUGUGACCAUUGUCGAACGAUCUCCCGAUCUCCGCGUCCAGGGUCAGCAAAUUGACAUUCGCGGCCAGGGCGUCGAAGUGGUCCGCCGGAUGGGCUUGGAGCAGUUAAUCCGCGCCAAGGUGGUCAACGAAGCCGGCAUCACCUUCGUCAACGCCCAAGGCAGGCCGCAGGCGACCUUCGAAGCAAAUAAGACAGGCGUCGGCAGGCAGUCAUUCACGUCCGAGUUCGAGAUCAUGCGCGGUGACCUCGUCCGAAUCCUUUAUCAAAAGACCAAAGAUCUCGGAGUCAAGUACGUCUUUGGUGCUAGAAUCGAGUCCUUUGAACAAGACUCGGAUUCGGUGACAGUGUGUCUCUCCAACGGGACCACGGACACAUUCGACCUCCUCGUUGGAGCAGAUGGUCAAAGUUCCAGGACCAGACGAUUGAUGCUUGGCCCCAGCGCAGAGGACCCAUUCUACCCUCUCGGUCUACACAUGGCAUUCUUCACUGUUCCGAGGUGGAAGACGGAUACCAACUACGCUACAGUCUGCAUCAGCCCGAAGAAGCGGACCAUAAUGUCGAGAAAUGACAACCCGGAGACGACCCAGGCCUACCUUGCCAUCUGCCCACCUGACGACAAGACUGAGAAGUUGCUCGUGGACGCUGAGCGGAGCCGCGACAUCACCCAGCAGAAGCAGGUGUGGUCAGAGCUCUUCAGAGGCGCCGGAUGGCAGGCAGAUCGCUUCGUCGACGCUCUCCAGGAAACCGGCGUCUCGGAUGACUUUUACAGCGUACACAUUGGGCAGAUCCGGAUGGACAAGCACUACAAAAAUCGUGUGGCGCUCAUUGGCGAUGCGGGAUACGCUCCAAGUGCUCUGACCGGCCGCGGAACAAGCUGUGCGUUUAUCGGUGCCUACGUCCUGGCAGGAGAGAUCUCGAAACACUGCUCGACAUCGUCGGGCAGAGCAACCGAUGGGGUGCCGGCCGCCCUUGAGGCAUUCGACAUGGAAAUAUCGGCCUUGAUAAAGACAGUUCAGGAUAUCGGAAUCAAGCCAUCUUGGAUUUAUCCCAGCUCUCAAUGGGUUAUUACCAUCCUGUACAACAUAUUGUGGUUGGUGACGGCGUUAAGAAUCGACAAGAUCCUUCAGAGGUUUCAGUCGGAUGAUGUCGAAGGUUGGAAACUUCCUAACUACCCUGGUCUUUCCUACGAGAACAAGAAGGCUUGA